AAUGUUAAAAGCUUUUGUUGUUAAUACUAGCAUAUCUCUGAUAUUGAUAACAACAGGAAUGACUACUGAUCUUAAAAUUCAAGAAUUUAUGAAAAUGACCAUCAUAAAACGCGUGGAAUUGAUGUGGGAUUACUUUGCUAAAGUAUUUUACAAUAAAUGGUUUGAGGAAAUAAAAUGGGAUGAGAUUAUAAAUAUUAUAAUCUGGAUGAUCGACUUAAAUGCGUUUGAUGAAGGAAUUAAAAAAAUUUUUUAUAUUAUUAAUAGUGCCUAUUUACGUGGACGUAAUAAACAUGUUUUGGACUCAUUACCUCUAGAUAAAUAUUUAGAAAAAGUAAAAAGACUAAAUAAAGUUUCAGAAGACAUAGAAAAGCGUGAUAUGCUUGAUAUUGUCUUUUUGCGUGAUUCUACAGAAGCAGAGACUAAUUAUGAAAUAAAUCUGAAUUUUACCGAUGGAGAUUUUGAAAUAAACGAGAAAUUCUUAUAUUCUGAUAAAAUGAAUAUAAAUAUAGGCAAUUUGCAUGAAAUAAAUAAACAAUCUGAAACUAAUUUGAGCCAAAUUUCUAAUUUUACGAAUUUUGCCCAUGAAAAUUGUGAAAUAAAUCAAAAUUUCUCAGAUUCAAUGAAUAUUGACAUAAACAAUUCUCAUGGAAUAAACAAACAAUUCGAAACUAAUUUGCCCCAAAUUUCUAAUUAUAUGGACAAUUCAGAUGAUCCUUUCAAAAUAAUUUAG